AUGCACCAGGGAAGGACUUUCUUCCAAGCCUGUGUCCUGAUCCCGAGCUCCCACUUGCCUGUGAUCAGGAACACCCAUGGGAGCCUGACGGGCAUGGAGGGAGGUGAUGGCUCCCCGUCCUGCAGGAGCUCUUCCUCUGGCCAAGGAGACUCGGACUCUCACUAUGCAGGGAGGGAGCUCCUGGGUGGCCCUCAGGCCUGGCCCCUGCUGCUGGCCAGCUGCCUGGUGCCGGGGGUGCCCCAACUGGCUUCUCUGCCCCUGCUCCCCGAGAGCCCACGCUACCUCCUCAUUGACCGUGGAGACACUGAGGGCUGCCUGAAAGCACUGCAGCGGCUGCGGGGCACUGAGGACUUGGCAUUGGAGGUGGCAGAACUGGAGGAGGAGGAGCGCGAUGCCUGCCAGGGCCUGCGAGCCCAUCAGUGGGAGCUGUUCCAGGAUGGCACCCCGCGGAGGCAGGUGAUGAGCCUCCUAGUCCUGAGCAGUGCCAUGGAGCUCUGCGGGAACAAUUCGAUGCACGCCUAUGCUUCUUCCGUGUUCCGGGGGGCAGGAGUCCCCCAGGAGAAGGUCCAGGAUGCCAUCAUCCGGACUGGCUGCGAGCUGUUCACAGCCUUUGUCAGUUACAUGAUCACUGAGAGGGUGGACCGGUGGGUGCCGCUGACUGGGGGAUUGCUGAUGACUUGCUGAGGGAGCAUCUUCACAGUGGCCCUCGGCCUGCAGGUAAGCUUCCCCUGGACGCCCUACCUGGCCAUGGCCUGCAUCUUUGCCUUCAUUCUCAGCUUUGGCAUUGGUCCUGCUGGAGUGACAGGGAUCCUGGCCACAGAGCUGUUUGACCAGAUGGCCCGGCCUGCUGCCUACAUGGUCUUCAGGGCGCUCAUGUGGACCCUGCUCUUCCCAGUUGGGCUGGGGUUCCCCUUCAUUAUGGAGGGAUUGUCCUACUUCCUUUACGUGCCUUUCCUCAUUGUCUGUGUCUGUGGGGCCAUCUACACUGGCUUCUUCCUUCCUGAGACCAAAGGCAAGACCUUCCUGGAGAUCUCCGAAGAAUUGCACAGACUCAACUUCCCCAGGAGGAGCCAGGGCCACUGGAGGGGCCCUAAGGUCAUCCAGUCCACAGAGCUGUAG